AUGGCCGAGCGUUUAAACAAAAUACUCCAGGGAGGUACCACCCGUAAAUCGGGUGGAGAAUCCUCCACCGUCGCACCGGGUAAGCCGGGGGCGGUCAGCCCCGUGUAUCUGGAGGGGGCAACCGAGGCCAGAGGAGAGGGAGUGGUUGUGAGUGGAAGAGAGGCAAAGGUGGUGUUGAUGAGGGACGUUACUUUGGAUAGGAGGAGCAGGAGUGAGUGUGACGAGGCGGAGUACUACAUGGAGCGCUCCGACUCGUCGCUCUCACUGUAUUCUGAGGAUGGCGCUGCAGGAGGAAGCGAGCCCAGCACAUCUAGGGCUUCGCUGCGCAAACGGAGAAUGAUUGAGGUGGAAGUUUACCCGGAUAUGACAUUCGAUGAGGAGGUGGAGGUUGUGGAAGUGGUCGCAACCCCAAGGUCUAAGCAGAGGCCACCACCGAAGGACCCGGACUUGGAGAAGGCGAAGGCCGAUUUGGCCGCCGCCACCCGGAGAGAAAUGGAGACGGAGGCAAGACCCGCACCGAAGAAAGCGAGUGCUCCGAAACCGGCGGCGCGCCCUACCACCCGCAGACCCUCAGAUGAGGACGCGAAGCGCGCCGACGUGUUAGUGACGGAGAUUAAAGAGAGUGCCCUCAAGGUUCUAGAGGCUGUGAGGAAAUCCGGCCACUUGAAGGGCACAGUAGUGAAGGAGAUAAAGGACGCCGUCGCUACCAUCCGCGCGGCGUCUGAAUCUCUUGACGGGAGGACAGCGUCAACCGAGUGCGCAGCUCUGCGCCGAGAGAAUUCCCGGUUGUCACGUGACUUGGCGGACAUGCGGGAGAUGAUGACCGCAAUGAGGGAAGAGUCCGCCAAGUACUACGUGGAACUGAGGGAUUUGAAGAGGAAGACCAUGGGGUCUGCCGCCCAGAGCUCCGACGAACUGGCGAUGCUCAAGGCGGAGAGGGCAGAAUGGGAGCGCGAGAUCGCCGCAACCCGCAACUCCUUCCAGGAGUUAAUGAAGAAGAGUUCGGAGGACCGCUUGGCGCUGUCAAAGGCGCAAAGUGAACUGGCGGCAGCCAAAGUCGCACUGGCGAACCAGCCACAAAGUGCGGCCAUGGAUGUGACAUCCGGCGCCCAAGGUGUUGAGUCGAGCGAAACGCCACCCAUCACCGAGGGCGUCGAGGCGAGAAUAGUCCGUCAAAUCGGGGACAUUUUUAAUGCCCGGUUUGAGAGGAUAGAAGAGCUCAUGGGCAGGCCUCAACAACCGCCGCCUAAAAGGACAACAGCAGCACCCCGAACACCUGGGGCAGCCAAGAAAGGAGGAGCAAGUACGGCCCCUGUAGCCAGUACUAGCAGAGCAGGGGUGAGCGCCUCUCAGCCGCCGCCCUCGACACAGGAGCAGUGGACGACGGUCGUCCGUCGUGGGAAUCGCGCCAGGGGGGCGAAGGGCAAGGAGUCUGCCCCAGCCACCCAGACGCCCACUGGAGGGACGGGACCAUCCCAGAAGGAGGCCCAAAGUGAGGACGCCCGGAAGAAGGCACGCAGGAGGCAGUUCCGCCCACCGCGCUCCUCGGCGAUAGUGUUAACACUGAAGCCGGGAGCUGCGGAGGCGGGAUCUAGCUACAGCUCGGUGCUCCGAGAGGCCCAACAGAAGAUCCAGUUAGGGGCCCUCGGAAUCACCGAGCUGGGCUUUAGGCUAGGAAUAACGGGGUCUCGUAUCCUAGAGGUACCGGGCCCAGUGGAGGAGAGUGGCGGGAAGGCAGAUGCCCUCGCUGCUAAACUUGCCGAGGUCUUACCGGCAGGAGUAGUCGGCGUAACCAGGCCAGUAAAGUGCGCGGAAAUCCGCAUACUGGACCUGGACGAUGCUACAACGGUAGCCGAUGUGGUGGCAGCCGUAGCACGAGAGGGAGACUGCGCCGAGGCCUCCGUGAAAACGGGGGAGAUCCGGCGCUCUCCCUCAGGGAGUGGUUCUGUGUGGGUCCGGUGCCCGAUCGGGACGGUGAAGCGGCUGGUCGACGCUGGCCGACUCAAACUUGGGUGGACAAUGGCGCGGGUGCGGUCCUUAGACCCCCGGCCGAUGCGGUGCUACCGCUGCCUGCUCACGGGUCACGUGGGCCAGCGGUGCACCGCCAAGGAGGACCGCGGCGGAGUCUGUUUCCGCUGCGGUCAAGACGGCCACAAGGCCGCAUCGUGCACCGCCCCUUCGCCACACUGCCCAUACUGUGCAGCGGCCAAGAAGAAGGCGGACCACAGGAUGGGCAGCACCAAGGGGUGCCGUCCGCCAAAACAGGCGGCGAGAGUGGAGGAGAUGGAGGCCGAGUCCGGCCCGUCACCUCCCACCAUGGGCCUCGCGGCAGCCGAUGCGGGGGCGUCGGCUGUCACCUAA